CAUCCAUCGUUUUUCCUGCAGGAUAAGUAUCUGUUGUCUCUGACGUAUUAUAACUCUUCUCCGCACCUGGCAAUGUGAAUACGACUAUUUAUAACUAAAUGUAGCCAAUUGCUUGAAAAUUCAAAGACCAGUUGUUUUAUAUUUAAAGAUGAUUUGAAGAAUACUAGUACAGUCAAUGAUUCAUAUUCAUAAUCAUCUUUGUCAAGGAUUUUAAAAUACUGCGAAGAUAAAAUUUGUAUCUUAAGGCUUCGGUUCAUCAAAAUCCUUAUAGAAUGCUGUUUAUUAGACUCUGAGGAUUAAGCAAACCAGAGCUGGUUCUACAGACUAAAAUGGAGAAAAUAUUAUGCGGUAGAUUGGCUGGGUGCCCGUCACCCCCUUCACGGGUCGUCAGGAUGAUUAUAAGCUGUACCAAAUCAGAUACUGUCCAAGAGAGACAAAUCUUAUUGAAAGAGGCAUGUCCAGAGUUGCAAAAAUACUGUCAAGAAUAUGGACUCGAGUUCCAGCUUGUUGAUCUCCAUCAAGGACCUAAAGAUCUAGCGGCCAAUGAUCACGAGGCAGCGGCACUCCGCAUGAAUGAAAUCCGCGAGGCUCACAGGAUCUCGCAAGGGCCAUUUUUUGUGUCCAUUGUAGGCAACAAGUAUGGAGAGUGCAUCUUACCAGUUGAAAUUGAAAGUAAUGAGUUCUCCCAGAUUAGAGACUGUGCAUUUGAAUCUGGCAAAGAUGUGAAUCUUCUUGAUGAAUGGUACCUUCCCCGGGGUGAGGGGAGUAAUUGUGUCUAUGUGUUGCAACCUAUGACGUCAAACAUCAGAUAUCUAUAUGAUCAGACAGACGAGAACAAGGAACAACACGAGAAAGAUGUUGCACGAUGGCGCAAGACGUAUGAGAGCUUAUUAGAUAUAUUGCAGCAGAGUUCCGAGUAUAUUCAUGACGAAGGUUUGGUAAAGGAAAAAGAACUGCAAAAGUACCAUAUGUCAGCUUUGGAAUGCGAGUUGACCCAGUCUUUGGCCCUGACCUCUGAACCUGGUAAUAAAUGCAUUUGCAUAUUUCGAAAUUUAGAGGGAAUGCCUCAGUCGGUGGACAGUCAAGAAAUGCAUAGUUACAUAGAUCUCCGUAAAGCCACAAAACCGAAGAUCUUGAAAAAGGCACAGGAACAGAUCAAAGUGUUGAAGGAGGUGCGUAUACCUGCUAAAGUUCCGUCAGAUAAUAUUCUGAAAUUCUCUGUGAAAUGGACACCGAAUGGCAUUUCACCGAAUAAUGAGGAACAUAAUACCUACCUCAAGCAACUAUGCAAUAAAUUUGUAACAACGGUUAAAAGUUUGAUUGACAAGCAGGCCUUGAAGGACCAAGAUGCCGCAUAUCAGCGGAGGCCGGACGAGAUGCGUAAAUUACAGAAUGAAGUGAUGAAGCAUUUGGAGGUAGCAAACAGACAUUGUGAGAUAUUUGUAAAUAGGGACAGUAUCAUGGGCCAAGUCAAAAGUCUUGUGCAGGAAUGUUCUGCUGAUAAGAGUACAAGUAGUUCGCCGAUAGUUUUGUAUGGUGACCCGGGAUCAGGUAAAAGUGCGGUUCUUUCUCAAAUUAUCAAAUUGUCGCCGGAAUGGUUAGGAGAUUCGGUGGUGAAUGUGAUACGCUUUUUUGGUGCUACGACUGAUUGUAAGACAGUUCAUGGUGUUCUUUAUAGUAUAUGCCAACAGAUUAUUAAGGUAUACAAACCAAAGGGUAAAACCCGAAUUCCACAAGAUUUAUCCGAUCUUCUUUCAUUCUUCACUGAUCUUGUGAAGACCGCACCAAGCACACAUAGACCGCUAAUGAUUGUUUUAGACAUUCCAUGUGAUAUCACUUCUAACCUUAGCUCUAAGCAUAUCAAAUGGCUCCCGACGGAAUUUCCGUCCGUGGUGUCAGUUGUCUUGUCAAUGGAUGGUAACACACCAGUUUUGAAGGAAUUACGAAAUCUUAUUCCUGAAAAGAACUUCAUUAAAGUCACGUCGAUGAAUGAUCGUGAGUUGUCGGAGAUUGUUCGAGGUUUCUUGCAUAAGAAUGGUCGAGUAUUACCGAAUGAGCAGUUCAAAAUAUUGACUCGUGCUUUAGCCCGGAAUCCGCUGCCGCUGUACGCUAAGCUUCUGUGCCAAGAGACACAAAUUUUGAAUUCCUCAGGAAAUGGCCGCGACCCCACGUCAUCAAUCUCAGAUGCUAUAUCAGCGCUUUUUCUAAUGCUAGAAGAUAAACACGGACAGUUUCUAACAUCUACGAUUUUACGAUAUAUCACAUGUGCCCAUAAUGGAGUGACAGAGUUGGAACUCCUUGAUUUGUUGUCAUGCAACGAUAAUCUUCUUAACUAUAUUUAUCCCGAUACAUACCCUAUUCCUCUUCGAUUCCCAUAUCAAAUUUGGGCUGGAUUUAAGAGGGACGUAGGGUCCCUAUUGGAAGGAAGUCACAUGGACAAUAAAAGCCUUUUCAUUUGGAGUAACACAGUCAUUGCAUCCAUGGCAACACAACGGUACUUUCCUACAAAAGCGCUCAAAGUAGAAUGUCAUCGGGACUUCGCAAACCUCUUCAUGAAUGCAUGGGUAAACGGGAAGCCAUACAAGCCCAGUAGUUUCGGCUCUGACGAUGAGGUGUUAACCAUUAGCCGUGGAGUGGCUCCGCAACCGCUCAUCUAUGGACAGACACGGUAUAAUUUGCGGUGUGUGAGUGAACUUUGGUAUCAUCUACUUCAUGCUGGUGAUAUCAAACAGCUGAAAUCAGAAACAGUUUGUAACUUUGAAUAUCUUCUGGCCAAGAUCCAUGCAACAUCGGUUUAUUCUCUGAUACAAGAUGUUGACACCAUACUGAAGUGGAUGAUAGAUUCAGAGCUCGAUCUCAUCCGGAGUGCCAUCACUUCCUCCGUUAGUACACUGGCUGAGGAUCCUUUACAACUUGCCGCAGAGCUUAUUGGACGUCUUCUUCCAAUGAAUCGAGAUUACCCAAAUGCUUUGCAAGAUCUGGUAAAACAAGCAAUGGCUUGGUGUGAUGUGUUCACAAGACCUUUGUUGAAACCAAUCGCUUUAUGGCUUCCAACUCCACGACAACAACAUAUCACAACGCUCAACUGCAAUGAGAAUAUUGCCAGAGUCCACAUUUCUAACGACACACAGUUGGCAUACUGUCUGACCAUGGAUAACAAGAUGGUCGUCUACCACAUCGCAUCACAGGAGAGAAUCGGGGAAUUUCCACCUCUAGAGGGCAAUGUGACUGCGUUUGUUUUGUCGAAAGAUGACAGGUAUUUGCUGAUGGGCUGUGACAAGGUUGCAAUAUUAUGGGAUGCAGAAAGCAUGAAACCGUUGCAUAUAUUCCGAGAUCACAAGGACAUAGUUAUGUGCGUGCUGAUUUCACAUAACAUGAAAUGGCUGUUUACUGGCUCGGCAGAUGCUACUGUGCGUGUGUACAACCUGACAACCGGGAAGUUCCAGGUGAAGUUGGAAGGUCAUGAGAAGGCGAUUGUUGGGAUGGGCAUCAAUACGCAUGAUGAUGUACUAGUCUCGUGUUCACUGGAUUUCUCAUUCAGGACAUGGAAUCUGGAUGAUAAUUCUCUUUUGGAUGCUAUUGAGAUGCACAACAAACCAAUCACAAGCAUGACAUUAUCAAAGGAUAGCACUUUCUUAUUAUCAGCGUACAGUGAUUGUAAACUUGAGGUUAGUUGCCUUGUGACAGGAAGUGAGGUGCAUUGUUUGGAGGGUCAUGACACCAAGGUCACCUCAAUCAGCAUAUCAUCAGAUUCAACGUAUGUUGCCGUUGGAACUAUUGACCACAAAGUACACGUAUUCAACAUGAAGACAACUGAACUUGUGCAGACAUUUACGGAACACACAGCACCCGUCUGUGACGUACUCAUCACCGAUAAGGAUUACUUCCUCAUUUCUGCCGGCCAUGACAACAAGGUCCAUGUUCGAAAUUUUAUCAAACCAGAAAAGAUCAGACAUAUCAAUAGUCUCCAUGAUGGAGAGGUCACAUGUGUUGCAAUUUCAAAAGAAAAUUCAUACGCAGUGACAGGUGGAACUGACUGCACAAUAAAGAUCUGGAAUUUGGAGUCUAACACGAUGUUCCAGACUCUCGAUGACCACAUGGGUGGCAUUACAUGCAUAGCUAUAUCUGAUGAUUGUGCUCACAUUGUAUCAGGCUCUGAGGAUAAGACUGUAAGAGUAUGGCAUAUUACGAAACAGAAAUACUCAAUCAACUUCGCCGAACAUGAAGAUGCCAUUUCUAGUGUAAUGUUAGCAACAGACAACCAACGGAUACUCAGUGCUGAUAUAGGAAACAGGUUGAAGUUGUGGGAGAUUGAAUCUGGACAGGUUUUAAUGUCAUAUUUUGGUCCCUCUGAGCUUGUGACACUCACCCCUGACAACCAGUUUGCCAUAAGCGGUUUUGGAAAUGAACUGAUGAAGAUUUGGUUCCUGGAUAAUGGUGAGUCUGUGAAGACCAUCAAUCACUUGGAAAAAAUCACUUGCAUAACUAUCACGAAGGAUACGCAGUUCACUAUUACAGGUUCCGAAGACAUGUCACUCAAGAUUUGGGAAACGAAAAGUGGAAAGCUAACGCAGAUACUUGCCGGUCAUGACGAAAUGGUCACAUGUGUUGCCGUUGCUAACCACAAUCGACAUGUCGUCUCCGGCUCUAGCGACAAGCUUCUGAUUGUCUGGAAUCUGUCGACGGGAGAGACUGAGAAAACUCUGGAGGGUCAUCAAGAUAUUGUGACUAGCGUGAAGAUGACCAGUGAUGGCACACUGGCAGUUUCAGGCUCAAGAGACGGAACCAUACGAGUUUGGUCAAUCCAACAUGGCGUGAUGGUGACUGCUUUCUACUUGCAUGUUCCCGUUGUUGAUCUGCGGAUGACCUUCAACGCUGAGCACAUCUUGGUUCAAGUGGAAGAGGGAGGGUGUGCUCCACUACUUUGCCUGCACAACAGCACUGCCGCAGAAAUUGAAUCACAAAGCCAAGUGAAUAUUGACAUGAAGGAUGUCUCGAUCGCCAUGUCCGCUCGCAAGUCUUUGUGCUCGGCGUGUGGGGGCCCCAAACCGAGUGUUAAGCUCGACUGGCACUCGGAGUGCCCGUUGUGUCGCUCGUGUAGCAAGGCUGAGCCUUGCGAGAUUUGUGCGCGCUGGCCCCCGACUAAGUUUGCGGCAGCUCUAGAUUGGGCAGCUCAGGCUGCCACUCGAUCUCAGGGUUCGCUGCCGGCUGCGUCGGGGGUUGUUCGUCGGCUUCGCGUUCGCCGGGUCCUUCCCCUCCGCUGGAUCCGGCGUUGGUUUCGUUGA